GGCAACGUGAAAGGACCGCGGAGAGGCAGGAGCUGAGCGAGCCUGGAGCGCGUGGACUUUAGGCAAGAGGACUUUGCCCGGGGGAACCGCGGAGGCCGCGGCGGCGCCUGCAGCGCGCGGCUCGGAUCCUUGACCCAGCCCGAUCCCUUUCAUCCCCCGAUCGUUCGUUUGCUCUGAUCUCCCCGUUUUCCUCCUUCUUUCCUUCCCCCCCUUCCCCCGCUGUUUUCCCUUCUUCUUUCUUUUCCCUCCUCCUCCUCCUCCUUUUGUUAAAAAAGACCCAUCCUGCCAAACAAAGGAAGCUGUCGGGAUUUUUCUAUGUGCGGGAGACAUGCGUUCGGUCAGGAAGAGGUGGACUAUCUGCACAAUAAGUAUCCUCCUGAUCUUUUACAAGACAAAAGAGAUCGCAAGAACCGAGGAGCACCAGCAGACUCAGCCCAGCGGAGACAGUGAGAUAAGUUUAAGUAGAUCAAUGGUCAAUAACUCUGAUAAAAUAAACCAGAAGAGUGGCUCUUCAGUGUUCCAGCAUUCUGCAGAAAGAUGGAAAAUCAAUUCUUCCUUGGUACUGGAAAUAAGGAAGAACAUUCUUCGAUUCUUGGAUGCGGAGAGAGACAUUUCAGUAGUCAAAAGCAGCUUCAAGCCAGGAGAUGUAAUCCACUAUGUGCUAGACAGACGCCGUACACUAAACAUUUCUCAGGAUCUGCACAGCCUUCUUCCUGAAGUUUCGCCAAUGAAAAACCGUCGAUUUAAGACAUGUGCCGUGGUAGGAAAUUCUGGUAUCCUCUUGGACAGCGGGUGUGGAAAAGAGAUUGACAGCCACGAGUUUGUUAUAAGGUGCAAUCUAGCUCCCGUGGUGGAGUUUGCUGCAGAUGUGGGAACUAAAUCAGAUUUUAUUACCAUGAACCCAUCAGUUGUACAAAGAGCAUUUGGAGGCUUUCGGAAUGAGAGUGACAGAGAAAAAUUUGUGCAUAGACUGUCCAUGCUGAAUGACAGUGUCCUUUGGAUCCCUGCUUUCAUGGUCAAAGGCGGAGAGAAGCAUGUGGAGUGGGUUAAUGCAUUAAUCCUUAAGAAUAAAUUGAAAGUGCGAACUGCCUAUCCAUCACUGAGACUUAUUCAUGCUGUCAGAGGUUAUUGGUUGACCAACAAAGUUUACAUCAAGCGGCCCAGCACAGGACUCCUCAUGUACACCCUUGCUACAAGAUUCUGUGAUGAAAUUCACCUCUACGGAUUCUGGCCCUUUCCAAAGGAUAUAAAUGAGAAACCAGUCAAAUAUCAUUAUUAUGAUGACCUAAAGUAUCGAUACUUUUCUAAUGCCAGUCCACAUAGGAUGCCAUUAGAAUUUAAAACUUUGAGUGUGUUACAUAGCAGAGGAGCUCUUAAAUUGACAACGGGGAAAUGCGUACAGCAAUAAAGCACAUGCUGAGUACAAAGAGAGGUGCAGGAUAUGGGCUUCAUCAUUCAGAUUUUCCAGAACUGGAGAAGACUCGAAGCAAUGGAUAGAUCCCAGUGCACUGCACCAAGCCAUUGGAGAACAAAGAAGUGCAUCAGAACUAUAUUACCAGCCAACAUUUUACCUGUUGAAGUGCUAAAUCCUGAGUGCAAUGGUUCGAGCAAGUGCCACUUUCACUAUGAACAAAGCUUGAAUGUAAAAAUCAGUAGUGUUUACAAGCUCCAAUGAUGCAUUCAUCACCCGUUAAAGAAAUAAAAGUUCAUUUACUGCUCAUUUGCCACCACAAAGUCAGGCACCAUAUGAAUAAACACCCAGGAGGUGGAAUCUGCCCUUAAGGAAAUAAAAGCAUCUGGCAGCAAAAUCCAUGGUGGAGUUGGUAGAGCAGGGGAUAACAUCAGCAAGAAACCUUCAGUCAGGGGAAUGCCUGGCUUUGUAUUAUAACCUCCCUCUCUUUCCUCGUUUCCUGUUUUUAAAAUUGUCAUUCAUUUUCUAUGGUGUUUGGGUAUUGAAACCCCUUAAGGGAUUUUGAAAAGUUAAUACUGCAGACAUUUUAAGUAAUCUUUAAGAAGUGGUCUUAGAAGAAUAUCUUAUUUUUUACAGAAAAACCCAGAUACUGUAAAAUCUGUAUUGUAUUUUAUUGUUCAGCUUAUGCUUGGUAUAUAUGCAUUACAGCUGCGACUGCCUCCUGGGAUGACUUCCUAUAGAACAGAGAACAGGCGAUCACCAGGUUUGACUUCUGCAAGCCCUGGAGAUUCUCCAUACCAGCACUAGCCACUGCCAGGAACGUGCCCUACUGGCAAAGAUGGUGCAUAAGCACUCAGUUGACACAUAAUGGAUGUGGCAGUCAUCUCACUGGGGCUGUUUUGAGCAGCAGAACUUGUAGACCAGGGCAGAGGGUCUCUCGAUUGCAGUGGGUGCUUCUGUGAGGACAAAAUGGCAUUUUGCAAUAAACAUGCCUUUCAAAAAGCGCUCAUUCUGGCCUCGUUCAUUCUGAUGAAAAAGAUGCUACGGUGCUGCAAUCCAGAAUGGAAGCACCUUCCUGAUUGGGCCCAUGUGCCAAAUUCCUGCUGAAUCCCAUCUGCACCCCCACUCACUCAGAUACAUACAGUAGCUGCUAUCUGCUCCUUUCCUGGUGUUUGCCACAAAGAGCACUUUGGGGGUAGAAAUAACAGGCAGGAAGAGAGCCACAGGAAAUUAAUGUGGGGCCUCAUAUCCAGAUCAGGAAUGUAUUCCAUAUCAGGGCCCCAAAACUGCUUUUUUCAUAAGGGAAAACUGGCUAGUUUAAACAUGCUUUGAAAUGGUCUGUUUAUUGUUUCGUGUUCUUUGGCCUAAGGCUCAGCCUUAAACAGAAGUUAAAAAUGUGAAGCUUGCCCUAAUGUACAAGUUAAACACUCUUCAAAAGAUCUGAUGUUUUGAGCUGUUUUAAAAGAAUGAUUGUUCUCUCACCUGGCAAAUGAAGAUGAUACCAUUAACAAGCAGGUGCCCUUACAUUUGGUACCAAAGAUUAUGCUGAUUUUAUAACUGAUGUUGUUUAUUUUCCUUCUGAGGAUGAAACAUGUACAUUUACUACUGUGUUUCUGCGCUGCUGAGCAACUUGUUUUCAGCCAUCCUUGUUUCUUGUUAACCUGCUGUCUAGAUUUGCUUGAAUGACAAAUUCCUUAACCUGACUUUGCUCUGAUUAUGUACACCUUGAAUAUUUUAAACAGAGGUGCUUUCCGUCUUACAAAAAUUGGAAUGCAGCCAUAAUCUCAUUUAAUCAAGACAGGAUAAAUCAGAAAUAAGGUAAAUGCAAAGCAUUGAAUUCAAUUUAGUUGCCACAUAAAAUAUUAGUCUCCUAAUUCCCAAGAUACAUAUUAUUUGCAGUGCUGAACAACAUCCCAUUUUUCCUAUACUAUGAUAUUCUGAUAAACAGCUGAUGAGAAUACCAUGUCUGAGCUCCUUUGGUUUUCCUCUUCUUUCAAUCUCCAUUUUCUUUUCUUAUUUGGAACAAGUUCUAUUGCUGCUUUUUUGCUCUGAGUAUAUAUGAGAAUUAUUAAUGGCAGCAGUGCCGUUGAGGAGGGUUGUAAACAGAAUGGUUGCAAACCUCAAAAGAUUGGGAGAGUUUCAAAGUACAAUUAAUGAGUGAUUCCAGCAUUGCAGUGGAAAAAGAAAUUAAAGUGUGAUCUCUUUCUCUCCUCAUUUAUCACAGAAUUUUGCCAUUUUAGUAGGAGCAAAAGAAAAACACUGAUGCAAAGCAAACAACCAGUAGAUCUUCAUUGGAUCUCAUGGAAUGGAGUAUAUAGGAAAGGGUAGUUUGUGCCAUUUUGUCGUACAUGGAAAAAUCUCGAGCACAUGCAAGAAAAUGCUUCAGUUCUGGUGUUUACUGAAGCUGUUCUAAGUUUCAAUUUUAUAUCAUGUUGUAUUAGAAUGUGGGUUAUUUUUAAUGUGGAAGAAAUUGAAGCUUGGAGCUGGGCAAUGCCUCCUGUCUAAGCACAACCAUUCUUGUAACAGACCCUUUCCAACUUGGAAGCCACCUUUCAUCCCAACUUAUAUUCUAUAUUGUUUUAGCACUGUGUGUGACAGGACAUGUACACAUGCAUCCAUCUACCUCUGUACAUCUCCAAAAGGUUGACAUGGUGCUGUUUUAAAGUCAUAGCCCACUUGUGGAUCAAAGCAUACCAAAUGAAAACCAGUGAUUAAUCUGAGCCUACUACUAGUGAAUUAUGGAUGCAUCCUUGCCUGCUGGGUCAGGCCAGCAAUAUAUCUAGUCCGCGGUGGCCAACCCAGCAGGUUUGGGAAGUCCAUAAGCAGGAUGUGAAGGCCUUCUUCCCUCCUUGUUCCCCAAGAGCUGGCAUUCAAUGUUUUGACACUAUAUAAUGUAACUUGUUGGGACAUCAUAUACUUGAUAGAAAUGACAAAUCCAUAGGGAAAAAUGAUAAGUGUAAAAUCCCUUGCCCACCAUAAAAUCAUGUUAAUAAAAUAACACCCAUGGACUUAAGCAACAGGAAGGGUGAGAACAGUGCCGUCCAGAAUCCUAGAGGACUUGGUUUUAAGAUUAAGGCAUGUAUUUCUUCUCUGUGUUUUAGAUAGGGGUUAUAAGCCACCAUUUGUUUCAGGGAGACCCAUUAAAUGCCUGCAAAUCCAUAUCCGGUGAGGUCAGUGGAUAAUUUUUAACAUUAUGUCUUUCAUGGGGUUUUCUCACUAAAUAAGGUUGACCUUCCUCAUAAAAGACCCCAGCUCAAACUUAUGGCCAUGCAUAGGUUCACCUGUUUCAGUGCAGCAAGAAAACAGAUGUCUCCUUAAUGUAAUGCAAUUUGUUGUAACUGUAUAAUUUUUAGUCCAUAAGAAAACUUUAAAAUGUUUUCAUAGGCUGCUUGAGAUUCAUUUUUACCGUUAUUCAGAACUGUUUCUGAAACAGAACAGUCUAAUCAGAAUACAAUGACAGCACAUACCAGUAUAAUCUUACACACAUCCAUUUUAAAGAAGUUAAGAUUAGUGCCUUUAUCAUCUUCUCACAUAACUUAAUCCUGAUCCUUAAUUCUCAUUUGUCUGUUUUCACCUCUUCAGGCUUUUCCUCCAUGUCCAUAACCAAGAAAGGGCUAAAAUAUUUGUUAUAACCACUUUUAUGUUUUCCAUCUCAGGGAAAUUUCAGUUUUCCAGUGUCAUUACAACAGAAAACAUUAACUGUCAAGAAUCGGUGAAUAGCACGAUCAUUUUAUAGCACGCUACACGAAGGAACGUAGGUUUUCUCUUUAAUUAGAAUAAAAUGUAUAGAAACAAGUCCCAUUGAAUGCACUGAGACUUCAGAAGAAGCAUGUAUAGAUUGGACUGUAAAAGAAAUGGGUGAUGGAUAUGAAUUAUUGAACCUGACUUAAAAGACAGAAAAGUCCGCUACAAUAUGAUCCUGCAGUGGUUGCUGAAUCCUGGCUUUCAGGUCUUGCAUCCAAUUCACUGGAGAUUUCAGAUGACAUUGCCUGUAAAGCAGAAUGUCACAACAAUAUGUUUAUGGGCAUUGCCGUCUUGCCUGCUUCCCUAACCUCUUUUGUGUAUAAUAACCAGAGUCUAACAUAGAACCAUCCUUUGCUGCUUUUUGUUUGUCAGAAUCUGUUGCUUUUGGAGAUUUUCAGAUACCUGAAAAUUCAGACGUUUUCCCUGAAUGCCAAGAGGACACGGGGGAAAACUUUUUCUCAGAUCCUGCCAUGUGUCUUUUCCUUGAGCAUUCUGUUAUUUCUGUGUUACGAAAACAUAAGGCAGUAUCCAGUUGGAUCAUCCUCUUAGUACACUGUUGUGCUAGCAGAAACUAGAUUCUCUACUGUACUCAACAGUAGAAUCCAUCUAAAGAUACAUUGUGUAAACAUGUCUGCACAAAUGUUAUGGACAAGAGCUUGUGCAACUGAGAGAUUCAUCAGAGCUCUGUGAGCACUAUUUGAUUUUGCAGAAUAACAUCAUUCGCUACUGCCCUGGGUACCUUUUGAAACUUUCCUUUCUGAGAUUUAAGAGGAGAAAAUAUUCUGCACAGAAUAUAAUAAGAUUGAUAUCAUAUCAUAAACUUGAUAUCAAUGGGAAUAUACCUACACACACUCUCUCUUAUUCACUCAUCAAGUUGUGAGUUACUUAUGUUCAGAUAUAAGUAAUUAUUACUAUUUUGUUCUAUCCAUUUUUUCCAUACUAUAUUUUGUUGCCUGGUUGCUACCAGAAUAUCUGCUCUGACAUGGGCCAGCACUAUCUACAGCAUUCAUCUAGUGGGCAAACUCUGAUGCCUUAAUAAAAAAUAUGGGAAGAGAGUCAUUAUAAAUGCAAAGUAAGAAAGGGAAUUUGUUUUCAUUCAGAUCACUUUUCUUGUGAAUGUUUGUAAAUCAUGAAUCAGUGUUUUAUAAUUCAUGACUGUUUCCUUUGGAACGCUACAGUCCCUGAUAUUGAUGAAGAUAGAUGUAUAAUAUAUUUGCUUUUCUCCUUUAAGAUAAUUUGUUUUCUCGUAUUACCUUUCUAAAAUGUGAAAUAUACUCAACAUUUCAAUUGAUCUUGGGGCCUGUUUGGAUAGUGCUCAGUUGUACACUGCCCACAGAAAUAUACCAUUUAAAAAUUACUAUAGGUUGGACCCAGACAUAGCCUUGCUUAGAGUAGACCUAAUCCUGGAUCCAAAGUACUGGAGUUGUGCCUGAUCUAAGUGGAAAUGAAUGCAUUCGCAGAUGGUUUUCAAUUUGGAGACAAAGAGACAUUCACAUGUUAAAUACCAUGCUGAAAGUCUAUCAAGAUGAAGCUUUUCAGUGGUUCACAUCGUAACAACUUUCCAUAAUGGUUACAAGUCCCGUUGACUUCAGUAAGCAUGCAAAAUGUGUGGCCUCUUGGGAUCUUCCGUUUAGGCUGAGAUCUGGUGAGGUAACUUCAAUCCAGACUAGCAAUCGCACAUAUUUAGCAGAGUUUUUCAUUCCAUGUAUCUUUCAACGCCUCCUCUGCUGAAUUCCCAAUGUGCGUUCGCGCUCUCUUUUGUAAAUUAGAUGAAUGUGGAGGAAGAGGUGUGGUUCCCCAAAGCCCUGUUGCAACCAACGAUCCCUAUCCUGUUCUGGUGGGGUGGGGGUGGGAGUGGGGCAAUUUAACUAGGUCCAGCAUUAAUCUUUCCUGGGGGUUGCAAAGUUCAAGCACAUGGCUCAGCCCCAAGACACGUUCGUUCAAUAUUUCCUCCUGUUGGGUAGAGAUGGUGUACAUCCCGAUCAUGGUGCAAUGUUGUGCAAUUUCACUUUCUCUCUCUCUCUUCUCUCUUUAGAAAAGAGCACUGUUGUCCUGGAUAGGCAAAAGCACAACUGUUUUAACUGUGUAUGCUGGAGGAAGUCCGUUUGCAUUAAACAGCCUUCCUGAAUAAUACGCUACUGCUAUGGAGCAUAGCCAGGUCCCAUUUGUGUGCACUGUUGAGAUGUAUUCUGUCGGAAUCAUCUUGUCUGAUGCUGUUAAUAUAAUUUGUGUACAGGAGUUGAUGUUUAAUUCUUUGUUACUUGUACAACCUGUAAAAUAUAUUAAACCUUUUUCCAGAA